AGCUUAGAUUCCUUUCAGCAUCACCUCCCGGCACCACAGUCGCCACAGAGGCCUUCCCCACCCCUGCAUCCCAUUCCCGCCCCUUCGUGCUCCAGGACGCGCCUCUCAUUCAAACCCCUUUAAUGCCUCGCCGCGCUCCGACCGUGUGACCGGGGGAGGGCCGGGCGCUUUCCCCUCUGUGCAUGCGCAUAUACUUCCGGUCACGCGCCUCCCGUCAGCCAAUGGGGACGCUCCUUCCACCCACCGAGCGCGUACCCGGAAGUCGCCACUAACGCCACUUCCGCGUUCGACUCUACCUCCGCGGGAUGCGCUGAGACCCCCCCCCCCCCGCCCGCGGCGACACCGCCGCCACCACGAGACGUGAAUGACAGAGGAAGUGCCCCCGACUGCACUUACGGACGUAAACCUCCGUCUUCUCUGCCACGAUGACAUAGACACAGUGAAACAGCUCUGUGGCGACUGGUUCCCAAUCGAGUACCCUGACUCAUGGUACCGAGAUAUCACUUCCAACAAGAAGUUCUUUUCCCUUGCAGCCACAUAUAGAGGCUCCAUCGUGGGAAUGAUAGUGGCAGAGAUCAAGAGCAGAACAAAGGUGCAUAAAGAGGAUGGAGACAUCCUAGCUUCCAAUUUUCCUGUGGACACUCAAGUUGCUUACAUCCUAAGCCUUGGCGUGGUGAAGGAGUUCAGAAAACAUGGAAUAGGUUCGCUCUUGCUUGAAAGUUUGAAAGAACAUAUAUCGACGACUGCCCAGGAUCACUGCAAAGCCAUCUACCUGCACGUCCUCACCACUAACAACACAGCAAUAAACUUCUAUGAAAACAGAGACUUUAAACAGCACCACUAUCUUCCCUAUUAUUAUUCCAUCAGAGGGGUCCUCAAAGAUGGUUUUACCUACGUCCUGUACAUCAACGGCGGACACCCACCCUGGACAAUCUUUGACUACCUACAGCACAUUGGAUCGACGCUCGCCAGCCUGAGCCCGUGUUCGAUUCCCCAGAGGAUAUACCGACAAGCCCAGAGCCUUCUCUGCAGCCUUCUGCCCUGGUCUGGCAUUUCUGCCAAGAGCGGCAUUGAAUACAGCCGGACGAUGUGACUGGAGCGGAAGAUGUACAGAACGCAAAGGCAGGAUUGUUCUUCCUUCCAUCUCCUGAACCAUCCGGCUCUGCACCGAUUCCAGCUCUUGGUCAGUGACCCGGCGGCCCCUGGAGCAACUCCCUGUUCCUCAGGCUGACUGAGACUUGGCAGGACUUCCCACUUGCUGGGCCGCAGCCCUGCCUUCCCCCGAGGCCUGGAGCCGGCGAGCGCUGCCCGGGCGGGCCUGGCUGUCCUGCGAAGUGGCCGUGCCGCAGCCGAGAGCCCUUCGUGUCACCGGUCUGUGUGCAUGUUGCACUGUCCCCGCCACUUCCUUUGCCUCCGGUUUGCUCCUAUUCCUACACAUGAUGUCAGGAGGUUCCACUGCCGCUCCCACACCGUGGCUGCUGAAAGCAGCACAAAUGAGGUAAUGAAUCCGUUAAUGAGACCAUGUUAACGAGCUGCAAGCGCCUUGGCAGAAUAUACAGUCCUGCCCUUGUUGCCUGGGAAGGGGAAGCUGGGCGAGGGGAAGCAGGGAGCAAGGAUCGUGGCGGGGUCCUGCCAAGUCAGCUGCUGCCGCUGGUGUGUCCUGUGGGGAACUUCCAGGGAGGGAAACUGCCUCGCAUGAGAAACCACCCAACCCCAGGCCUCUGGAGUGACUUAAAAAGCAGCAUUUAAUUCAGAAUGCAUCAAGUAGAAGGCAGGGAAUGAAAUUGCUAUUUCAUAGUGAAAUAUAUAAAUAUUAUACUGUAUAGAUCUCUGCCUUUGUCCAAGUUGGAACGCAGCUGGGGAGGGAAGGAGGGGUUGUAGAGCCAUUGCGGCAGCCAGAGUACGGUCCAGAGCCCUUCUCUCCUGCCUCCCUCAGUGUGGGAUUGCAGGAUCUUCAGGGAUGAGCUCUAUGCCCACAUUGCAACAGCUUUUCCUUGCGGAAGGGAAGCUCCCUCACAGCUCACCAGCGUGCUUCGGCCUGGAGGCAGCACCGCAGGGCUGCGCUGGUGGACAGCCAGAAGCCUCCUAGCCUGCCUGCGGGAUGCAGGGGAUGCGUCCAGCCUGCCGGGAAGCCCUGGUGAGCCCAUGGGCUGCAGCCAGGCCAGGGCCUUUCCUGUGCCUUGGAGCAGCUGGGGUGAGCGCUUUGGUUUUGGGGGUGGGGGUCAGCAGCUCACCCAGCCUGGAUUGGAGGUGCAGGUAUCACUACCAGGGUCUGACUGAAUCUCCCUUCCCUGGCUGAGGCUCUUUCCCCGCUUGGCACCUCAUUCCUGUCUCAUUUUGAAACUGGAAUUUGAGCAAAGGAGGUUGAAGCCGCAGCCUGGCGUGGCUGUGCCGGCAGGGCCUGGAGACACGACCCAGGUCAGGCUUAGACUCAGAAUUCUGAGAAAGCAGAGGAAGCUCUUGCAAAGCCCUUGCAGUGUCUGUGAGGCCCAGAGGUGGGUGUUAAUGAAUAAAAAAGGGUGCAGCAGGUGAGCGUGCUGUGCGUGGUGCCAGGCUGCUUCCCGAGAACGGUGACUGGGACCAGCACCCCACUCUGCCCAUGGCUGCCAGCACUGUGCACGCCCCUCCCGUGCCAUGGAGCCAGCUGGCUUCUUCACCGCGGCUCCGGCUGCUGCCACCACGCCAGGCUGGCAAAGCCUUUGGCUGUGCUCCCCUGCCAGCCCGUGGGCAGCAGGUGCUGCUGUAGCUUUGCCCACGCAGCACUUGGGAAGGCAUUGGCGCUCCCCACUGUCCCCCCUCCCUGCCCCAGCGCUUUCCCAGGGCAGACCUGGCGCACCCUUCCAGCCCCGUUAGCACCGUUUGUUAGUUGGCGCAUUUUUUUUUUGCUUAUCUGCUUUUUACUUAAGCCCCUCUACGGGUUCAUGAGUUUCUUUAGUAACUCGCCCCCUGCUUUUCCUCGGCAGUUCCUUUCUCUGGACCAGACUCUCUCUCUCCUGGUUGCCUGAGCUGAUGCUCCCCCAUUCCCCACCCUUCCCCACACAGCGCAGCGGCCCCUGAGUGGAGUUGCACCAGGUCUGCGCGUCCUCCUGCCGCCCCAUCCUCCGCGGCGUCGGCCAUGUCCCUACCUCCCCACCCCUUAUUUAUGAAAGAACAUUGUGCUGCCACCCUCAGCCCCCAAAUGUCUUCCAUUAAACCAAACGUCUUUUCCAAGUCCCGGGUUGCUCUGCGCAGGAGUUUGCUGCUAAUGGGCUGCUGGAGCACCUUCACCCGACCUUGUGCUGUGCCACGCUGCGAUGCCAUGCACAGCGGCCCCUCUUCAGCAGGACUGGCUCCAGCGGGGAGCUGCGCCAGGCCAGGGAGCAGCUCCUCCAGCGCAGAGGAGCCGCGCAGGGCUUUGGGUGAGAGGAGGAUGGAACUGAGGCUCAGUUCAAACACCUCUCCCUGCAGAGACCAGGGCCCUGCAGGGUGGCUGCGGUGUGGACAGGACAAAAGCCCCACACGCACAGCCCGCACCCAGGGUGCUCCCACACCUGCAGCGGAGCAGCCGGCUUCUCCCAGGCCCCUGCUUAAUUCCUUGGAUGCGGGAGCCAUUUUAGGGUAAUCCAGCGGCCAAAGC